AUGGACUCUACGAAUUUUGUUGAUCUGUUGAACAGUCAACAAGACAGUGUCAUGCCUGAACUCUUUCCUAAUGUGAGUUUUUCACUCGAUGGGAAUCUCAGAUCAUCACAACCCCCUCUCUUCAGUACUCAAGCAACUGCAACGUCAAGCUUCUGUGAAGACUCACCUCCACAACGCAAAGGAAGAAAGAAAUGGAGUCCCUCGGAUGAUCUAGUGCUUGUUAGCGCAUGGUUAAACACCAGCAAAGAUGCUGUUGUAAGCAAUGAGCAGAAAGCUCCUGCUUUCUGGAAACGCAUUGCAGAUUAUUAUGCAGCAAGUCCAAAGGUGGAAAGAGGUGAUAAACCAGAGGCUCUUCAGUGUAAACAAAGGUGGCAGAAGAUGAACGAUCUUGUUUGCAAAUUCUGUGGAUCCUAUGCGGCUGCAACAAGACAGAAAACAAGUGGUCAGAAUGAGGCUGAUACUGUUAAACUUGCACAUGAAAUCUUCUACCACGAUCAUAAGAUUAAAUUCAACCUUCACCAUGCUUGGGAGGAGCUGAGGUACGACCAGAAAUGGUGUGAAGCUGCUACUUGCAAGAUUGAUGGCAGCGGUAAGAAGAGAAAGUGUGAUAAUGGAGCACAAUCAGAAAGCUCUCAAGCAGCUUCAGCUCUCGGUGAGUCACCAACAAAACGUCCUCCUAGUGUUAAGGCAUCGAAAGCAGCAUCUGGUAAGAGAAGUAUAGCAGAUCAGGAGGCAUCGAAGGCCGCAUCUGCUGAGUUUCUGGCCAUGUGUUCUAUUAAAGAGAGAGAUUUGGCAGUUAAAGAGAGAGAUUUGGCAGUUCAAGAGAGUGUUAAGAAGAUGGAUUUGCUUGACCGUCUCAUUGCCAAACCUGAGCCACUUUCUGAAUCUGAAGAAGCUCUUAAGCAGAAACUCAUUACAGAGAUGCUGAGUAAAUAG